UGUUGGCCCCUGCCGGGGCGACUGAGUUAGAUGCUUGCUGCUCUUUUAGGUGCAGUACAGAAAGACUCCCUUGUGUGAGUGCAGAAGUAAGCAUCUCCUUGGACUUUUUUUUAUCAUACAAGGUUACACAAGUCAUCAGAUAGUUUCAGUGUCAGAAGUAAAAUGGCUCACUGCAGACGUUGGAAACUGCUGCCAUGGACGGUUAUAGGAAUUACCAUUCUUAUGGCGUUUACAGGUCUGGCAUCUGAGAUUCAGGAUUCUCUCGUCCUGGGACCCUCCAGUGAAGCUGUGGAGACCUCCUCGGGAGGAGGUGCGGUGGAGAUGGUCACACCUGGACCCAAUGUGGAGGACAGUUCAAUGACCUCAGACUAUGGAUAUUAUCCAGAUGAUACGGAACCUGUGGAGAAGGGAUCGCUAGGACCUGGAGCAAUAUCUGCCAUUGUAAUUGCUGCUGUACUUGGUGUGUCAGUGCUGUUCAGCCUGGUCAUUAUCACCGUGAGAAAGCUGUCAGCCUCUUAGACAAAAUAAAUGGUUGAAAAUAGACAGUU